CCAAUAUUGAAACCCGACAGUGUACAUUAUUUGACUGUUAGCCUUUCGAGUAAAAUAAAAUAGAUAACUUAAAUGGCGAACCUAGGUUGUAAAGUUUGCCAUUCACUUUCAACAAUAAGCCGAACUGCAGCCGUCCGCCGAACCGUUUCUGUUGCGGAAGCGGAACUUUUGUUUCAAUAGAGGGUUUCUCACGGGAGUACUAACCUCACGCACAGUCUUGAAUAGCCGAUCCGCCAACGAUAUUGACUGAUUGGCUCUGUGAUUGACAAGCCAUGGCCAGUGUGGACAUGGAUCCUGAUGUUGCUCGGAGGCUCUUCGAGGAGGGAGCUACCUUGGUCUUGCUGGGAGUUCCUCAGGGCACAGAGUUGGGUAUUGACUACAAGAGCUGGAAGGUUGGUCCCCGCUUUCGAGGUGUUAAGAUGAUUCCUCCAGGAUUGCACUUUUUGCACUACUCUUCUUCUAACCCAGCUCACAUUGGAGGUGAAACUGGCCCAAAGACCGGCCUCUUCCUCACCCUUAAAAGUCGGGAGAUCCUUUUAGCUAACUGGGAUCCAAAAGAGGAAGAUCUAGACUUCUCACCCUCUGAGAAUGAGGAGGAGGUGAGUCGUGUCAGGGCCAACCUACAAGACUUAGACCCAUUCCUUGGGCCCUACCCAUAUGAAGUGAUGCGAAAGUGGGUGUCUCUGACCGACCGCCUGACCCAGGACGUGGCCAAUCAGCUGCAGCCUCUGUCUGGCAGAGUGUGUGCCUUCUGUGACGUCAUCCCCGAACUCCAACUCAAACACACCAAGGAUCGGGAAGAGCAAAAUCUGCCGAAGAAUGACGUUGCUUGUCAGAGUAUGAAGGAGGGCUUAGAAAAGCUUCCCCAGAUGAAGCAGAGGGAAGGCACAGAGCUGCGCUUCUCCAGUAUCCCCAGUCAGACAUACCCUCCAGGUGCCACACCUGCCCAGAUCACCCAGUGUAGCCUGGAUCUGAGCUACGCCCUGGUGAAUCUGCUGGAGAAGCACUACAAACUGAAGCCCCUCGACGUUCUAGGUGAGCUUCAGUUUGCCUUUGUAUGCUUCGUGAUCGGGAAUGUGUACGAUGGCUUUGAGCACUGGAAGCGGCUGCUGGCUCUCCUCUGUCGCUCGGAGGACGCCAUGCGAAGCCACAAGGAGCUGUACCUGGGCCUCAUCGCCGUGCUCUACCAUCAACUCGGAGAAAUCCCACCAGACUUCUUUGUUGACAUUGUAUCGCAGGACAACUUCCUCACGUCCACACUCCAGGACUUCUUCCAGUUUGCAAUCGGGCCCGGCGUGGACAGCACCCUGCGGAAGAGAGCGGAGAAGUUCAAGGUCCACCUCACAAAGAAGUUCCGCUGGGACUUUGACGCCGAUCUGGACGACUGCGCCCCGGUCGUGGUGGACCUGCCCGAAGGUGUGACACCUGAGUGAUCCCCUUCCUCCAUCCCUCUGCUGCGGGCCACGUCAGGUAAAGAGACGGGACACGCAGCCCGAAGAUGCAAGCAUAGUCCCACCGUUGUUUGAGAAGAUCGUUAAUUCAGUGCCAAAACCAUCUCCACUUAUAAUGAAAUACUAUUUGUUCCUAUGCUGUUUCAAGCAGUGAUCAUUUAGAUUCAGAUGAACUGUAUCAUUCUAUCGGAUAUCUUUGGUGCAAUAAGAACAGAUUGUGACAGCAAUGGAAUAGUUCUUUGUUGCCCUCUAGUGGUCAUAAUGCUGUUCUUGAAAAAAAAGUCAUUGUAGUACUUUGAGCCCACUGCACUUAAAACCCAUGUUGGAUACUGAACAUUCAUUCAGUUUUUUUUUUUACAACUGGUCAGCAGCUGUUACAAGCAUGUCGUUGCUAUACACUUAACUGUCCUCUUAUGCUAUCUACUAACUGAACAGUCCUUCCCAUGAUAGUAUCUACUUAAUGAACAGUCCUUCCCCUAAUACUGUCUACUAAAUGCAGCACUGCCUUUGCAGGAUGUGUCAAUACUUCACUGUUACCUCCCAGUAAGUCAUUGCUAAUUUUGGGACUUUCUUUGGACUCUUUUUUAUGGUUUAUUGCAGUUUCGGGAACCCAUUUAACAAGUAUUCCAGUUUGAUUUGUGGAAAAGCAAUUUCUCAGUCAUCGCCCAUGUGCUCCUUAUUUCUAGGAUCUGGAGCAAUAAGAAUCUCAUUGUAAGUAAUAUGCAUCAGAUGGCGGUCAAUCAUUUAUCAUUCAGUUUUGGAACAUCGAUGAUGAAACUGAACUAUCACAAAGCAAAAUAAACCACAAUUGUACUUAUUUUUGUCAGGCAGAGUUCACGAUUUGAAUGGAGUGAUUGAUUAUCAUAUUGUAUUGAGAACUUGUUAUACGCCCUACAUUCCUUUGUAUUAAACAAAGCAUUUCUUAAAGCCUCAUGAAUAAUGUGUUAUGUUACACAGCAGAUUCAAUUUUCUUCAACACAUAGAAGUGGUUCCAGAAUGGUAACUAUUUCCACUAGAUGGCAAUCAUAGCCCUAAGGUUGAGGAGCCAUUGGAGGUGAUGGUAUAAAGUAUUUUAAACAGUCAGAAUAUAGACACCAGACCCCUCCAUCAGUAUGGUUAAAUGCCAACAAAGCAAUGGAGACGAUGGUGUGUCUGUAACCCUUCCCCCUAAUUUUGGAAGUCUUGUAACCUCCAAUGUUGUGAGAUUAGAGAUUAUAGCAUUGGUUCUGUGGAUUCUCUUGAUUUUCAAAGUCUUGGUUAAACACCAAAAAUGUCUCCAAUAAACAGAAAAAAUGUGAUCCUUUGAUUCUCUUGAUUCUUAACAACUUGGUGUAUAAUUAAGAGUUGGUGUGAAACCAUUUGGCGCAAUCUUAUUGAUUGAGAUUCAGCCAAAAGCGCUGAGUCAAGACGGGUCCAUCAUGUGAGUGAAAGCCAAGUCUUGGCACCGAUCAAGGUAAUUGGGUUGACUUUGAUGGAUGCACAUACAACAGUUAAGACAAACUGCAUUACAUGCCUCUUUAUUAGCCCUGAAUGCGUGGGUGUGAGCCAUGUGACGGAUGGGGACAGACAUGCUUGCCUGUUGGACCAUCAGUCUUUACAUCCAUUCAUUAAUCCAUUCAUUUAUCGUGUGCCAGUCCCUCUGUCUCUUAAGCUGGCUGUCUUCUUUGUGAUCACUAAACCAGCGCCUCUCUCUCCUCUUUGAAGCCGUCUCAGAACAUUAAAGCUGCUGUG